AUAGAGCAACUGUUUCACUAUCUUGGUAUAUCAUACAUUAAUGACAUUUCUAUGUAUUCGAAAGUAGAGUUACUAGACUGAAUCGUACAAAGAAAAAUUAUUAAUAAUGGAUGUGAAAAAGAUACAUGAAUUUAUGGAAUUGGUUGGACGUCUGAAGCAUAUGAAAAGAACUGGAUGGGUGUUAAGAAACAUUCCUGAUCCUGAAACAAUAGCAGGACAUAUGUACAGGAUGGCUAUUCUUUCUUUAUUAGCAGAUAGUGAAGAUAAUUUAGAUAAAAACAAAAUUAUGCAAAUGACUCUAAUUCAUGAUUUAGCUGAAUGUAUUGUUGGGGAUAUAACACCCAUUUGUGGUAUUUCUCCUGAGGAAAAACAUAGACGAGAAGAUGCUGCAAUGGAAGAAAUUUGUCAACUCUUAGGCGAUAAAGGUCCAAUUAUAUUACAAAUGUUUCGUGAAUAUGAAAAGCAAGAGUCUCCAGAAGCUCAAUAUGUGAAAGAUUUGGACAGACUGGAUUUAAUUAUGCAAGCAUAUGAAUAUGAGAAACGAGACAAUAUCCCUGGUAAAUUACAAGAGUUUUUUUCAUCAUCUCUAGAUAAAAUUAAACAUCCAUUCAUCAACAAAGUUGCUGCUGAAAUUAAUAUUGAAAGAAAUACUUUAUUUUCUAAUUUAAAUAAAACAGAAUGACAACAGAUUAAAAUAUGAAUUUAAUUUUUAAAUACAUAGAUUUAAUACAUCAGAUAAGAUCUUGUUUUACAGUUUUAUUUAUUUAGAAACUGUACAUUUUACUAAUUUAUACAAAUGUUACGUAACAAUAUACGUAAUUAUUAUUAUGUUCAGUUAUAUAAUAUGUAAACAUACACAAUAGUAUAUACUAAAAGCAUACACAAAAGAACGUAAUAAAAAUUAAAGAGCAGAAGUAAAAAUAAUAGUGUUUACUAUUAUUAUGUUACUUAAAUAUUAAACGUUAAUAUUAUACAAAGAAGUAGAAUUGCAAUUUGAUAAAUCAGGAUUGUUUUAUUUAUAAAAAUAAUUUAUAGUGAUAUAAAUUAUAUCAACUUUUGAUUUAACCACAUAUUGCUUUGUGGUUGUAUAUAUUGAUAUUGCUGUUAAUACACACACAACUAGAUGGAAUAAUUUGUAUACUAUACGUGUAAAAUUUGUAUAUUUAUCACUUGAUAAGCGAUUAAAAAAAAUGAAACCAGGAAA